AUGAACGCCCUGGUGACGUUAUUGAGACUGAAACACCAGUACUCGCUUGUUCCGAAUGAGUUAGCCAUUCAAACACGUAGGUAUGGGACAUUCGCCCUGCCGGUCGAUGAGGAGUCGGUGCACCCUCCAGAAAGCAUUGAGGCAGCUGGAGACAAAGAAGCCGGUGGGGAAACUCAUGGCCUGCGCCGCCCCGAUAGUGACAACAAUUGCAGGUGCUUCCCAGCAGGGAUGCGGUCAGUUGCCAACCGCAAUUUCUAUGACGGUUGCAGUGACCAUGACGACUAUGGUGACGAGGGUGAUUGUGAUGCUGGAAUUGAUUCGUCUGCUCCUAUACAGGAGAGUUGUGUGUUUUGUGGGCCCCACUCACGGCACCUUAGUCAUGAGGCUCUGCGGCGGAAGUAUCAGUGCGAGGAUGGGGCUUCCUUCUUCCCGCUGGUGAGAGACCUGCGCGCACUGUGCAUGCGGCGACGCACCGAACAGGCGGUGGCGUGGCGCUGUGUGGGGGCUGUGCGCGUCACGCGCAAUGGGGGAGGCGACCACGAUGGCGGGGAACGAGGUUCUCGAGAGUUGCAACACGUGAGCAUUACGAUGGGGCACACAAGUUACCGAACCUAUGCCCGACUAUGGGAGCGCGUUGUAGCUCUUGGGUGUGGAUUGCGGGCAUUGGGGCUCUCGCCCGGAGCAAUGGUUGGUAUCUGCGGGGGCACCCGCUGGGAGUGGCUGGCCACUUGCUACGCUGUCUGGUCGCAGCGCUUCGUAUGUGUUCUUUUUGACGGUGACAAGGUAACUGCAGAGCAGGUUGCGGCGGAGAUCAAAUUGUCUGUCGUAGUGUGCACGCGAAGCCUCCUACCGCAGCUUCAUGCCAUUUUUGCUGCGAGGAGAGCAACUCAUAUGCCUGCCUUUGUGGUCGUCAAUGCCGGGGGACCUCCGGACAUGGAGGAGGCAAUGUCCUCCUGCGCGGCAGCGCAGUGGAGCAAGACGAUGGAGGUGCAUGACGCCGUGGUGCACACUUGGGCUGAAGUGCUGAAGAUUGGCAGGGCUGAGUGGGAGCGAUGCCUUGCGGUUCGCGAGGCCUGUCGCAAGCUGCAAGAGAGACACAAGGCGGAGUCCGAUCGUCUUCACGCAAACGGCGGUGAGGAUGCCGUGGCGCCAUUCGCCCCAUCUUCACCGCCAUUGGGGCGGGAUCACAGUCACAGUGCCAGCAGCACGGCUCACUUCUCGAGUGCGCCGCUGGAAAGGCAGCGCGCAUCAUGUGGUGGGGUCUCAAUUUUCCCGCGGAGGACUGACAGCGGCGGGGCAUCGUGCAACCGAAGUUUGAGUUCUACCGCAGGAGGCGAUGUGACUGGCGGCCCUGACCCCUGCACAGGCGAUGACGACGACGACGGUGAGGACGAUGAGGACGUGGAGGCGGAGAUGCGGAGCUGUGCGGUGUUGAACUUCCCAACCGGGCCGACGGAGUUGGCUGUGGUGAUCUACAAUGCCGGUGACUCAAAAGGGGUCAUGCUGUCGCACGGGGCACUUAAGGCCGCGGUCACGGCGUAUCAGGAACGCCUUAACAUCACCAAGUUUGAUGCGGACUUCUCAGCCGUGGCCGCCCACCUGAGCCAGGAAGAAGGUGGUUCUACGCGCAGUGAUGAGGAACAGCAGCGCCCUUGCUAUCUCGGUUAUUUGCCCUUUGCUCUUAUUAUGGAGUUUGUCGCCGAGAAUGUGUUUCUGCACCGCGGCUAUCUCAUCUGCUACGGCACGCCGUUCACGCUGUACCAGCGGCAGGGAACCGUGUCCGUGUUGCCACACGGUGACCUGUGCGAGUUCAAACCGUUGGUGCUCGUUAGUGUGCCGUAUGUCCUCAAUGAGCUGCGACAGUGCUUGGAUCGCACCCUGCCAUCAAAGGGGUUUCUUUGCACGAUUUUUCGUGUUGCCUUUGAGGAGCGUCGCCGCGCCAUUCGAUGCUGCUUAGAUACGCCCUUUCUGAAUAAUACCGUGUUCUGCACGCCACGUAAGGUGCUUGGUGGUCGUUGUCGCGCCGUCAUCUCUGCUGCCGCUCCCUUGUCUGCGGACACACAAGAGUUUCUGGAGGUUGUCUGCGGCGUAUCUGUGUUGCAGCAGUACGGCCUGACAGAAAGCGGUGGGUGUGGCACGCUGCAGUACUUGUGGGACACCCAACGCGACUGCGUUGGUGGUCUGUUAGAUGCAGUGGAGUUGAAGCUACGUGACGUGGGACCGUGGCGGCACAGCAACGCAUGCCCGAGUGGUGAGGUGCUCUUGCGUGGGCCGACGCUGAUGUCUGGGUAUUACGCACGCCCGGCGGAAACAUCUCGCGCGUUGGAUGGCGAUGGCUGGCUGCACACCGGGGACGUCGUGGAGCUGCAGUGCAACGGUUCUCUUCGUGUCGUGGCAUCCGUCAAGAAUGUUGUGAAGAAUGGCCGCAGUUGCAUUGAUCUGGACGCCCUUGAGCGGAUCUAA